CUGAGCUGGCUGUGUUUACAAGAGCAUUCACCCAUGUCGUCAUUGGGUGAGUCUGACAGCCAAUGCCUCUGCUGCCUGAGCUGCCUGGGCGCCCACGCACUUUUUGUCAGCAGCCAGCAUUCACAGUCACACAACACAAGAUAUGUGCCACUCAUUAGCUUGUGCUCUUGAAUCAACUCCUUGCUUGAGAACACACACAUACACACACAAAACACACACUGGUGCCAGCCAGCACACAUGCUUUCAGGCCUAGCUGGCUGUGUCAGGUACUGCAAGUACACCCUUGGUGAUGUUUACAUGACCUGCUAACAACACUUCCAGGAUUUCCAGCAAGUUCAUGCUGGAGACGGUGUUUUCUGUACGUUCCUGUAGGUCGGAGCUUUUUUGUCAUUUCUGUGAAAUUGUCCAAGCAUAGGAACCAGUGACAACUUUCUUCCAGGCAAAUUAUUGUCCUUUAUUUAAGAUUUCAUUACUGCCAGGUAGCCUGCCAGGGCUGCCAGCCAGUCGGACAGACGACCCUCUUCAAAUCUACCAUGAUCAUCCUGCCGGGUAGGAGGCCCAGUCAUCAUGUAAACAUUGGAUUCUCUGUAUGAUGUAGCUCUUUUAUCUCGCAUCUCCACCACGCUGUAACAUCUUUUGUGCCUUACAUUAGUGCUGAUUGAACAUAUCGUGGAGACUUCACUGGAAAAAAAGUGAUUAGUUUGGUGGCAUUAUCUUGUGUCUUUCUUUGUGAGUGCUCAGGAAAUCCUACCUAUGCAUGGAAGUUUUAUAUGGAAUACAGCCCCGAGGCCGAGGUCUGGAUGUGGCAGGUCCACCCCAGCCAGGCAACAACAAUGGUCCACUGGGUGAAGCUCCCAUAGUAGCCUCCCAGCCACGGUCCAGGAAAGGGAGACCUAAGGUGACCGGAGCACCAGGUCAUCGCUACCAGCAGCCAUGUCCUACAUGUGGCAAGGUCUUUGGCAGCUCCAGUGCCUUGGCCAAGCACAAACUCAUCCACAGCAAUGAACGCAGGCAUAAGUGUAUCCUGUGUGCCAAGAGCUUCAAACGGCAAGAUCACUUAACUGGUCAUAUGCUGACACAUCGCAGCAAGAAGCCUUAUGAGUGUGCAGUGGAUAACUGUGGCAAGUCAUACUGCGACAUCCGUUCCCUUCGAAGGCAUUUUGAGUCCCAGCACCCAGGACUUGUGAUGGAAGACAACAUGAACUAUACUGGGGACGAAAAAGAUCCAGAACUGAUGGCAGCAGAGGCAGCAGCAGUGCAAGCCAACCGUCAUAACCAGGUUAUGAUGAGGGGAUCUCCAGGGGCUGACUUUGCUCUAGGACUGGGGAAUCCCCAAGACUUGAAUCAGUCCAGCUCCAGCCAGGACACCAAUGACAGUCCUGGCUCUAGCUCCAGUGCAGCGCUGCAGUCCCUGGCCCUCGCUGCUCAGAGGGUCCAGAACACGCCAGACCCUCCCCCAAGUCAGGGCCAACUGUCCUCCCAAGACAUGUCCACUUUAUACCGUUUGGACUCCUACACCUCACAGAUGUUCGGAGGUAACCUUCCUAGUAUGUCACAAUCUGUCCUCACUGGAGGAGUCAGUGGAAACAUGGCCACCUCAAUUCCUGGAGGAGGGCCAAGAGAACUGUCUAUUCAAGUGCCCAACCCUAAGUUCCAGGGUUUGAGUCUCUCAUCAGGAACAGUUGGACUAAGUGGCAAUGGUAUGCUGCCCCAUCAGUCUCCUGGAUCAAACAGGUUUACCAGUCAGUCCGGUCCUGAUCUUGGUAUAAGUCCGAAGAGUUCUUCGAACAAAAGCCACAGAACACAUGAAAAAGAAAGAGUAACAGUGAAUUGCACAGUGUGUAAAAGAACUUUCAAAAGUAUGCCAGCCUUAAAUGGACAUAUGAGGCUUCAUGGAGGUUAUAACAAUGCUCGAGCAGAGGUAACGCCGAAGGUCUCGCCUUCCAAGCCAGAAGAAAAACCCCCACUGCCAACUGCAGCGAGUCUCAGCCAGCCCAGGUCUCUGGCUCAUCCAUCUAACGUGAAUCCUCCCAUGAACAUGCAUGCACAGCUUCCUCAAGCACAGAGUUCACAGGCAAUGGGACAACAUAGACCCUUAAGAAUGGUUGGACAAUCUGUUACCCCUCCUACGACAAUGCACCUGUCCUCCGUGUACACGAAUACUACUACCUCACAUGUGCCUUCAUGGCCUGAGUACAGGCAUCCACGACCGCACACGGUCAUGAGCGGUGGCAAACCGUCAUACCUGCCAAAUCUCUCGUUGAACAUGUUGCAGGAUGAACUGACGACGCUGGCCCACACUGCUGUAGGGUUGGCAGCGCAGUCGCAACCCUUGCAGAAGCCUCCAGUACAGAUAUCCCAGCCUCAUCUUCAACCACCUCAGCACCAUCCGUUACAUCACACAACACCCCUUCCGACAGAUCGCAUCCAACCUGUCCAUCCAUUCAAUUCCAGAAUGCCUAUCGGAAGCAAACCUUUACAAAUGUAUAAUAAUCAGGUCAAUCAAAUUAUUCCGAAAGAAGAACCCAUGCCAUACCCUCCAACCACCUCUAUGGAGUCUCCAAGCCCUCCCAAGCUGGAAUCAAUGUUAAAACUUGCUCAAGAACAACAAAUCAGAUCAACGGAAAUGCUGCAAAUGGGGCAUGCAACUCCACCCAUCCUGGACUCCAAAGAUGAAAGUCGGUUGAAAGAGAAUGUUUUCCGAGAUCCACCCCCAGUUCUACCAACUGCGACAAAGAGGAAGCAACGCCCCCCAUCACUGUUCAUCCCUUCUUGGGCAAGCAAUAUGACCCCCGGAGGAAUCGCACCCAGCACCUACCCUAGCCAGAUGAGGUCUCCCAGGGAGAUCGGUGUCCUUUACCGAAGCAACAGUAGCUCCACCCCACCACCCUACACCCCCCCUCCUAUGCUAAGUCCAAUUAGAAGUGGCUCUGGAUUGUACUUCAGUGUUGGAAGUGGUAGUAUGCCUCCCUCUUCCGCAGUCGCAGCAGCGGUGGCAGUCACACCAAAGUCUGCUUUCCCUCCCAGUACUCCAAGUAUGCUUCAGAUGCACAGAAGAGGAAGCAUUAGCUCAAGCACGGAGGAAUCUGAUUUUGUCUUCCCAUCCGAACCACACAUCAAUGUGGGUGGUGAUUAUCAAGCGGCGGUUCCUGAGCUUGUAAAGAACAAAGAAGAGGAAUUGGAGGCACCGGACCUGAGAGAAGGAAAGCUUGUUUGGGAUCCAGCGAUCGAACAAAAAUACUCGGAAGGAGAGUUGACAGAUUUCCUGAAGUUAGCCACCACACCGGCCCUAACUGCAGGGGCAAGAAACAUCGAGUAUGCCCAUCAUUGUCUCUACAGAGCCGAUGGAGACAUUGAGCUGGCAUUACUGAUGAUAUUGAAUGGAAAUGCAAUGGUCGCAGAUGAGUUUCUACACAUGGCUGACUAUAAAUAUGACUUUUCUGAAGAAUGGACAGUCGCAGAAAGGAAGCUCUUUAGAGACAUGUAUAAGGCAAAGGGAAAAGACUUUCAUGAGAUUGCAAAAGGGAUCCCUUCGAAGUCCGUCCGAGACUGCGUGGAGUACUACUACUGGUGGAAGAAACUAUAUCCAUACAAUCACGACAUGCAGAAGUACUGCCAUCACAGUGGAGCCAACCCCAAUGAAGAAAGUCGCAAGAAUGAAUGUGACCUAUAUCCCGGUGAGACCUUCCUAGAUUACGUGCCUCUCAAAGAGUACCGGCAUGAUAAGUACUAUAGGGGCGGGUCGUCUAACCCCAAGAACAAUAAUAGUGUGAAACCUUCCUCUACUACUAAUCAGGAGGACAAACCUGCUGCCCAGCAAGGAUCAUUUGUCUGCAAUUAUCCACACUGUGAUGCGUCCUUCAAGUCACGGCAAGCUUUGAAUGGACAUAUACGGGUACAUGGGGGCAGCUACAAACCCAACGCAGCUACAUCCAACGCCUCAACCAACAAUUCGAGAACGACCACCUCCUCUUCUGCCUCAUCAACGUCGUCCUCGUACCGCGGAGGGGGCGGGGUCGGUCAGAACACGAAGCAGAUGCCCCCUGAGACGUCAUCGGAUGAAAUGUCAAACGAAGAAGAAGAGGAUGAGGAGGAGGAAGAGGAGAGUGAUGAGGGAUCAUCGAGGGAGCUGAGUGAGAACGAACGCGACGAUGAUGACGAUGAUGGUAUGACCAGUGAGGAUGAUCACCAUUCUAGAUAUCCCGGCAAGAUGCGCCAUAGAACUUUUGACAAGGUAAAGAGCCGGAACGUCCACAUGAGAAGCCAUCAUGCAGCUGAUAAGAAGGACCGGAUGGGGUACGGUGGAGGGAAGGAACAGCAGAUGUUCAACCACUACAUGGAACAUGACAGCAGGAGUUGCUCCAGUAGUGAAGAGGACGAGGAGGAGGAGGACGAUGAGGAAGAAGGCAUGGACGAUGACGGAAUGGAAGACGAUGAUGAGAUGUUGUCCACUGAGGACGAAGAGGAUGAUGACAUGUCGAACUGAAGUCGACUUUGCUCAAGGACAUGACAGGAGUUGGUGGAGAUUCAGACUGAAUGUUAGAAGUGGAUUUUGAUGAACGUGUGUGAAGAAAUUAACUCGAUACCAGGAGGUCUCGUGUUGUAGCAGCUGUUAACGUGAUGAAACUCGAUGAAAAAAUGAGAAUGUUUCCUCAUAAUUUCAUGUGUACUGGGCAUGAAGAUUAGGAUCUAUUAAGAUAUACUGUGUAAAAUAUAGUUUUCCUCCUGUUUGUUUCAGUCUUUGAAUCUUGGAACUUGUAUUGGUCGGAAUCACUCGGCAUUAGGAAAGGAGUUAAAGGGAAUUCACAGCCAAAUAGAAUGAACUUUUAUGAUAUAAUUUCAUGUAGGCAUCUAUUCAGUAUGGAUUUCAUCACUAAAUUUUGCUUUCCCUAUGAAAAUUGUAAGAAAUAUAUUUCUCCUUAUUCUUAUUGAGAUGGGUGAAAUAGAUUCUGUAAGGAAGAGAGAAUAAUGAUUAAAAAAAAGAUAAUAAUCCUGAAUCCUAAGUUUUGUAAUUUGACUAAAUUUCAAAAGAAAUGUUGGUGAAAGUACUAACUGAACCUGAUGGAGAUGGUAUGGGGUAUGUAGAUUGAGUAAUAUAAUAGACCAAGACUUUGCCAAACUAGAUUUAAGUGCAAUGGAAUGAAAUAGAAAAUUUGUUUAUGAAAUGAUAACUAACAUGGAGGUUUUCUCCAAAGGAGUUUAUCAAAAUAAAUAAAUUGAAUUGAAUUUGAAUUUAAUUGAAUUUCCACACUGGGAGGCUGUGGCAUAAAUAAUGGACUAUUUGGAGUCCAAUAGCAUGGGGGCAGCCUGGAAUUUUCUGAGUAUCCCCCCAAAAAGUGAAAUAUCUUCCAUUCUUUCAACAAAUUAAAAGUUCCCAAUGAUAACAUGUACUGUUGGUUUUCGGGAAUGUCGGUAUUCAUGAUGAAUAAUAAAAUACUGCAAUAAAAAAAUUAUUUGAAUCAAAAGGACAAAAAAUCCCUGAGACAAUAAUAGAAACAAUUGCUAUUCAAGGUAAUUCAAAUCAAUUUAGCUAUCCCAAUUUUUCAACCUUUAUUUGAUUUAAUAAAUCUAUUAUUGUAAAAAAGUACUUUUGUACACGAAUUUGACAAGUCCCAUGGAUCAUUUAAUCAAAAGUGAUUUUCCCUGACAACUUUUAGCUGCUGAAAUCCUAAUAUCUCGAUUGUAAAAUGUUAUUUUUACAAGAACAUUCUUAGAGAUUUUCAAUGUAAUUUUGAAGUUUUCUGUCGUCAUGUGGAUGACUUUCUAUAACCAUUACAAUGUCUUACAGUAUUUUGCUACACAUAUCAGUAUUAAGCCCCCUUACAGCGAGAUUGCAGGCCUGCCAACAACCCUUUUUUUCUCCCAGGAGUUACCCGUUUUAAAGAUUUGUUAUCAACCAAAGGAGCAGCACUCCUUUUUUUCCAUUGAAACCAGCCAAUGUAUGUAGUUGUGUGGUUUGCAAUGGUUGUGUGUAUUUGGUGUAAAGAGUAAUACAGUUUAUCAGCACUAAAAAAUUUCUCAAUGUUAAAAUAGAAGAAUGCUAAACAUGUCUUAAUUAAAAGAAAGUGAGGGAGACACACUGACAUCGAGCAGAAAAAUCUGCGGCGUGCGAACAUGACUCCCUUUCUUUCAUUUUUAAAUGUUGGCAGGCCUGAGAUUGUGUUGAAAGAAGAUAACUCUCAUAUCUGAUGAAAGAUUAGCUGUUCAACUCUCUUUAUUCAGUGAGUAGUAAACUGUAUGUAAAAAGUAAUAGGGUCAACACCCACUUUGUUUCCUUUCAUUCGGUCUCGUCCCAUGUGGUCUAAAGCUCGUUCUUUUACAGCCAACUUGUCUACUUACCAUUUGGACUAAUUGCCAUUUGGCCCAGUUGGGCUGCACCCGUUUCAUCUAUCAUGCACUUGGUCUAACACCACUAAGUCUAUAUGAUUAGCUGAGCUGUUAAUCAAAUUUAUGGCAAUUAUUUACAUUCAGCCCAAGUGACGGUUAGACCAAAUGGCAAUUAGACCAAUUGAUAGUAGACCAAAUAGGUUUGAAGCUCAUGCAAUAUUAGACGAUCCAAGAAGUAGACCAUCUGCUUGUAGAGCCAAUAAUAUCAUCAUAAAUCAACGGGUCCAGGUACUAUGUGAUAGACUAGGUCCAAGGUCCACGAAAGUGAGAUGUCCUGGGCUCUUUAACAUUAAGUUUAGUGAUUAAUUGAAAGGCUGAUUUCUACGUACGAUUACAUUGAUUGUUGUGUAUGGUUGAUCGUAAAAUCAACCUUGCGAUCGAUCACAUAACUCUAUGUUAUGGGGCCCUAGUGGUCAUGUAUAUCCAAGCUACCAGCCUUGGAUUCAAUUCGUUUUAACCUGCAUUUUUUUAGAUAUCAACUUCUAUAUCAAUCCUAGUAGCUGAAAGCAUCAAAGUUGCUCUAAAAAAAUAUAAAUAAUUGAAAGUGCCUGUUUGAAAGAGAAUUAUCCAUGAUUAAGGGUAUAAUAAAUCACUACAAGAAAUAUAUUUACGGAGAAGCAUAGUAUACUUCUAUUAAGUGAGAUAUUUUCAUUCAAUAUAUAGUGUAUGUACAAUAUCAGUAAUUCCACAUGCUCACAACAUGCCAAAUUCAAAGCAUAUAUCUUAUAUCGCCAAUUAGGAUUUUGCUUAAUUUUUCUUCUAUUCAAAGUGUCAGAUUUCUUUUCACAUACCAUUUCCCUAUUUUGAGAGCUUUUUACAUGCUUGGGCUAUGGUGAAUAGUACUGAGUGCACUGUUUGUGUCUUAUUUAAAUGUAACAUGGUGUUGUCACAAAGCACUGACAAAUUUUAAAAAUCUCAACGGCAUUGUACUUAAAACAUUCUUUGCUGAUUCUGAAAUGAAAUUUUAAUUUGAGGUAUUUUAUAGAAACGUAGAUGGUAGACAGACUGAACAAAAUUUCACAGAGUUGAGCACCAAUGAAUGAUAUUAAAGUAGUGUCACUUCUUCUAAUUUGACAGCUAUAAGUUCAUGGUGCAGUUAUCGUGGCAAAAACUCUGUUAUGGGCAUGUGCAGAAUAGUUACUCCUUGUCCGGCACAUGUGAAUAACAGUAUCUUUUUUUAACCAGUUAGACAUUUCACAGAAGUAAUGUUGCAAAUCUAACGUUAUUUCAGUUCAAGCAAAAAACUACAAGAUGUGGUGUAUACAUAUGAGCAAACUGUAAAAAAAACAUGUUAAUAUGUUCAAGAUUAUUUUUGUUUAUCUAUUCUGAACCACUUGAAUUAUACAGAUGCCCCAUUUUCCUCAUUUUAUUGGUUUUUUUAUAUUUUUUUUCCAGAAGGGGGGGGGGGCUGUAAUGAUAUUUAUAAGUUGCACUAGGAUCUAAAGUGUGAUGGGAAUAGUUGGAGUGCCAGUAUUUUUAAGUUUUGUUAAUUUCACUGAAAUUCAUUUUGUAAUACAGAUGAUUUAUACUCUUUCCCUUUCAUUUUUUGCUUCUUUCUACAUUCUCAAAUCUCGAUGAAUUACGUACCGGUAUUCUUUUUCUGUUGACAGAAGAAUAGGGAUAUGGGGGAGUAGAAUAAAAUAUUGGAUGUUGAAAAGUUUUGUUGUUUGUUUUCAAUCUACAGAUCUAUUCUCACAUGUUUUGUUUUCCAAAUUAAUUUCAGGAAGGCAAAGUCAGAGAUAUGAUGUAAGGCAUGCUCAGGGAAGAUGGAGAUAUAUAUGUAUAUGCAGUAUGCAGGAGAGUCAGGAAGGGUUUUGAUGAUUGUUAUGGGAAUAUCUUUAUAAAUACACAAAACAUGUAUGACAAGUGGCUUCAGAUAUUAACAUGUCACCAAGAUCACAUUUAUUUUAAACUCUACAGAUGUGUGCACUUUUGCAGUUCAAAAUUUUCUAUAUAUAUAUAAAAAAUUGAACUAUCAGAAAGUGGCCUAUGGAAAAUUUUACAGCAUGAGUGUGUGUUAUUUUGACUUACUCUUAUUCCUAUGUUUUCAUGUAAAUUGUACAUAGAUAGUUAUUAGUAUAACGUGUGGAAUCGGAUGAACAUUGGGAAGUGGAGAGAGAUUUUUUUUGGCUGACCAAUGUGUAGUAUUGUGCAAUAUUUAAAUGACCAAUUAAGUGUGUGGAUUACAAUGUUCUUUAAAAUUUUGGAGAGGCAUGGGUUGGAGCGUGCGGAAUGUGAUACUGUUCUUAUUCUUUUUUAUUUUUACAUAAAUUUUGAAAUAUAUGAUCUAAGAUAUCAUUUAUGGAAUGGCUUUUCUUAUUUUUCUAUUGAAAUAUGUGUUUGUGGAGAGAACAAUUAUGCUUUUAGAAUCUACUAGAUAUUUCAUGUGCUUUAUGCUGUGUCUGUGUUGACUAUUAAGUACUAGUAUCAAAACAGCACAGCCGAUGUUGGUAUCGAAUUAAAGCACAACACGUUUUAUCGAUGUACAAAGUAAUAGAGAGAAAAAAAGAAAGAAAAUGCAAUCUUGUUUUGUCAAAAUUGUCUACAGAGUCUACACAGAGAAGAAAUUUUAAUGCUAUGAAUGAGUAUAUUUUAUGAAAUAUUAUUGUAAGAAGUGUCUUGAAAUAUUUUUUUCAGAAGUGAACGUAUAGGACUCCAUGUGUAUGUCUAAAUGUAUUUUGAUUGAUGUAAUUCUCACUUGUAUGAUUAUGUUCAUUGUCCAAGCAUCACUGAUAAUAAAUAUAUAUAGGCAGUUUCAUAGUUUCUCUUCAUUUUAUAGCAACCCUCUCCUAAGGCCUUAUGAAGGAAUAAUGAAAAUAAAAUAAAUAAUGUUCUUUAUAAACAAAAGAUACAAAGUGGUCUGGGUGGGGGUGUCGUGGUCUAGUGGUUGCGACCCUCGGCUUACAAUCGGAGGGUUGUGGGUUCGAAUGGUUACCUGGCAGGAUUAAUUUUUUUAAUGCAUCAAGCGCCUUCAGCAGCUUGAGCUAAAGCUGGGGUAAUAUAUGGUGCACUAUUGAAUAGGCAAUGAGAUAAUUGGCGCCUCCUAAAUUCCAAAUAUUUAAGUGCAAAACAAUGUGGUGUGACAUAAAAAGAUGUAAUGAAUUUUUACAAAUAUCAAUCUUAACUUUUGUAUGUAGUUUGCCAUAGACUUGAGAUACAUUCAACUGUAACAAUUUAUUGUAUCUCGUUAACGUUACAUGGUGUAGGAGUUACAUGGAUUCCAUCUCUAAUAAGUUUUCUUCUGUAAUCUGUUUUCUUAACAGAAAAGGUGGCAAGGACUUGCUAGAUGUAAUCUAAUCCCCAUAACCAUAGAAACAAACUAUAUUUUCUAAUUACAAAAAACAUAUUUAUACUGUUUGGUAAAACGCUCUAAACUUCCCGUCGCUAUGAUUUUAUUCCACCUAAUUUUUGUGUUUUCUGAGUGGCACCCUUUGUUCCUUUGUUCUUUUAGCCAAAGCAUCAUUUCAAAAAUUAAUUGAUUUAAAGUUUUGUUAUUUUAAAUUUUCAAAUAGCAAGCAAGCUAUGACUGUAUGGAUGGAUUUAUUUUAAAAUUUGCUGAAUAUUCUUGUGAAUGCUAUUCAUUUCUACAUUAACGAAGCAUAUUCAGAUUAAUAAUUGCAGUGCCCUUAUUUACUACAGUAUAAAUGAAGCCCUUUUUAAUGAAUUUGUUUUUGUUUUUAAUGAAUUUAUUUUUGAAUUUAAUAAGUGCCAAAUUUUCAUCCACAAAUUUUCUUGCAUUUUAUAAGGUGGUUGUGAAAUGUGUAGUAAUCAUGAACAUUGUUGCAAUAGCCACCUAAUUGUAAAUCAAUAUCCAUAUGACUUUGUUUUAUUUGCAAUUAGUUACUUUAACGGAGUGGAUAUCUGUUUUGUGCUUGCAUUCUUAAUUCAUGUAGGCAUCAUUUUCACGAAUGCCUUGUAAUUACAUGAUGGUCCCUAUCCUAUUGAAUUUGUGUUGAUUAGGAAACAUAGGUCAUUAAGUGGUAGUGAACUUUAACUUGUGAUGUCACUUUACCAUGCGUAUGAGAUAUCUCUAUGCAAUCUUAAUAAUCAUGAAAAAAAAUGCUUUCACCAAACUUCAAUAUGAUUUAAUAGCUGAUAUGGAAUUUCU